UGAAGCUAAGAAACAUAUUCUCUUUGAUUUUCGGCAAAUGAGCAUCGUUUUCUGUAAACCAGUAAGAUACGCAAAAUGAACGUAUUCCUCGUUGCGCUUGAAAUUCUUUUCAUCUUUAAUUCGAUUCCCAUUGGGACGCUUCAAAUAAUUCCAUCUAACCAAACAUGUGUAAUGCAAGGAACAUUUGAAAUCGUGGAUGGAACGUGUGCUAAUUAUUAUAUAUGUAUUUUUAACGGAGUUGAAUUGAUGUCAUACGAUAUGUCGUGCGCAUCUUCGAUGGUAUUUGAUCCCUCGCUAAAAUAUUGCACAUCCUCUUCGAAUUAUAUCUGUAAGCAAAUUACAUCAUCGAUGUCAAGUUCCACGUCAAGUUCGUCACCAAGUUCGACGGCAAGUUCGACGCCAAGUACGACACCAAGUACGACGCCCAGUACGACACCAAGUACGACACCAAGUACCACACCAAGUACGACGCCCAGUACGACACCAAGUACGACACCAAGUACCACACCAAGUACGACGCCCAGUACGACACCAAGUACGACGCCCAGUACGACGCCCAGUACGACGCCCAGUACGACACCAAGUACAACGCCCAGUACGACGCCCAGUACGACGCCAAGUACGACGCCAAGUACGACGCCAAGUACGACGCCAAGUACAACGGCAAGUCCUAAAUGCGUUACAAGUGGUAGAUUUCCAAUAACUGGCCACGGUUGUGAGCAAUAUUAUUUCUGUUACGUGAAUGGUGCGACGACCAUCAGAUAUGAUCUUAAAUGCCCAAACGGUUUGAAAUUUAACAGUGUAACGCAAAAAUGUGUAUUACCUUGUCCAGGUGUUGAUUUAUGUCCACCUUGUGUAUUGGGUAAAUAAAUUUCCUUAAAAUAGAUUACAAACCUCUUAAAGAUAUUUUCAAUAUAUUGUUCGAUUAUGUUCUCAUUAAAAUUACAUCAUAGAUAAUAACAUUAUCGUAUGUAUAUGUGAGAUUAAAUAAUGUGAAAUAAAAAAUUUUCUGAAAUGUGAAAA